UGUGUGUUUGUAUUGGUUCGAUCCGUAUGUGUAUAUAAUAGCGUAAUUUGCGAAAAUAACAAAUGGACGAUCGCGUACAUAUGAAAUUAACGAGGCAAACAGGAUGUGAUUGCAUAAACACGCGCGCAAAGAAAUAGUAGAUUUUCGGUCAAGUUUGGCGUCAGUGAAAUUCCAUAUUUUGUCGUGUGUCGACAGAGUACUCCAAGAUAGAUAUGUGAGGUUAUUUGUCUCGCUUGGGUCGUCGUGGUCGUUGUCUCUCUUAACGGAUACGUCGCAAGAAUGUGAUACGCCGAGAUAUUUUUUGAUAACCAGCGUAAAUCGCAUUGUUCGUUGUGUUCCGUUCAGCGUUGCGACAGCGAUCGUAUCGACUUUUGCGAUGCUAAUAAAUAAAUACGGUGUAAAAUAAGAUAAUGUCACCUUUUCGGAGAAAAAAAUCUAGGAAAUCCUUCCCUGUGAAAGUCUGCACUCUAGAUGCGGAACUCGAAUUUAAUCUCGAGUGGAGAUCAACAGGCAGAGAUUUGUUUGACUUGGUGUGUCGCACAAUAGGAUUGAGGGAAACUUGGUAUUUUGGACUUCAGUAUGAAGACGCAAAGGGUUUUAUCUCUUGGUUAAAACUUGAUAAAAAAGUUCAGGAUCAAGGUAUCUCACAACAACCAACCACAUCUUUCAUGUUCCUGGCAAAAUUUUAUCCUGAGGAUGUGGCUGAAGAACUCGUGCAAGAAGUUACUCAGCAUCUGUUUUUUUUGCAAGUAAAACAAGCUAUUUUAGCUAUGGACAUUUAUUGUCCACCUGAAGCUUCUGUGUUGCUAGCUUCUUAUGCUGUUCAAGCAAAGUAUGGUGAUUAUGAUGAAGUUUCAUAUCGACCUGGAAUGCUCGCCAGUGAAGAUUUGCUUCCACAGAGAGUUAUAGAUCAGUAUCAAAUGACUCCAGAAAUGUGGGAAGAUAGGAUAAAAAUUUGGUAUGCCGAUCAUCGUGGUAUGUCUCGAGACGAAGCGGAAAUGGAGUAUCUGAAGAUUGCUCAGGAUCUUGAUAUGUAUGGUGUAAACUAUUUUCCUAUUAGUAAUAAGAAGGAGACAAAUCUUUGGCUUGGAGUGACGUCGUUAGGAUUGAAUAUUUACGAAAAGGAGAAUAAAUUAGCACCGAAGACUACAUUUACAUGGUCAGAGAUACGUCAUAUUAGCUUCGACGACAAAAAGUUCAUAAUUAAAACCGUGGAGAAGACAUCACCGAACUUCGUGUUCUUCUCGCAGAAAGUUCGCAUGAAUAAACUGGUAAAGAAACAGUCAGAUGUUGGCAGCUGGGUGAAGGGUUUGAUAGCUUUAGGAUUCGACGAACAUAAUAGUGACAAAGCUGCUCACGUGUUAUUUGUUAAGAUCCUGGACCUGUGUAUUGGCAACCACGAUUUGUUCAUGAGGCGACGAAAACCAGACUCCAUGGAGGUUCAGCAGAUGAAAGCGCAGGCCAAAGAAGAAAAAUCCAGGAGGCAAAUUGAAAGAAACAAAUUAGCACGAGAAAAGCAACUGAGAGAAGCGGCGGAAAGAGAGAAGGCUGCAAUGGAGCAACGACUUUUACAAUAUCAAGAAGAAAUACGGCUUGCAAACGAAGCUCUUAGAAGAUCUGAAGAGACGGCAGAUCUUUUAGCCGAGAAAAGUCGCGUAGCUGAAGAAGAAGCAAUGCUUUUGAGUCAGAAAGCGUCAGAAGCCGAACAAGAGAUUACGCGUAUACGGUUAAACAACAUGAAGACUGAAGAAGAGAAAGUCCACUUGGAAAGGAAGACCAGAGAGGCUGAAUUGUUAACAGAAAGACUGGUUCAAGAAUCGGAACGUAGAGCUGCUGAAGCCGAAAAGUUGAAGGACGAACUAUUACGAGCAAGAAUCGCCGAGAAAGAAGCUAAGGAGAAAUUAUUAGAAUUUCUUAGUAGAAAUACCUACACUACUACAAUACCUCCUGUGCCAAAUAUGUUCCCAUCGACGCAAGUGCUUCCACCAGACUUGCAAGCGGAUCUUCAGACUCUGCAACUAGACGGAGAACACCUAUCACCUGACAUAACAUCUUAUGAUCUUAUCGCCGAUGGAGAUGUCGAUCAACUCUCGAUCGAAAUCGAAAAGGAAAGAGUCGAUUAUUGGGAAAAGAGUAAACAUUUGCAGGAGCAAUUGCGAGAAUUGCGUUCCGAAAUCGAAGUUUUGAAAGUUGGUGAGAAACAAUGCGACUUGGAUCAACUGCAUGAAGAGCAAGUACGACUCGGUGAGAAUAAAUAUAGCACACUGAAAAAAGUAAAAUCUGGAUCUACUAAAGCUAGAGUCGCCUUUUUCGAAGAGUUGUAACGUAUGUGUGCGUGUGUGUGUAUGUGAAGAGAAAGCAGUAUUAAAAGACGCGUAUUAAAUACAGAAUUUUUGAUUCAAUUAAAUUAAAAACUAAAUAAUAAGAAAAAGUUAAAUAACGAGAACAUGUACUGAAGUCUUCAAUAAUUCGCUUCUCGAAAGAAAAAUAAGCUUUUAUCAUACGUAUUACACUGCUGUAACUGGCGAAUAGCUGAACAGUAGUGGUUUCUUUUUUCUUGCAAAGCAAAUUAGCGAAGACUUGUAUACAUAUGUAUUGUAUGUGAGUCUUAUAAAAUUAUUGUUUAUAUGAACGCGUGUGUAUACACAUACGUUUACAUGAACAAAAAUUAAAAUUAAGAUAUUUCAUUAUACGUACAUAUCUAGGUUUCAGUAAAAAUUGUUUUAAAUGUUAAUAAGGAGAAAUAAUCGAUUUUAUCACUUUAUUAUUACUAUAUACACA